ACUCAUAAGAUGCAUAUGUUAUAGCUAGUGUGAAGAUUAAAUAGGCAGAUAGAAGGUUGAAAUAAAUAUGAAUGAAAGUCGUCUGCAGUUAUAAAUUAGAGUUAAGUGAUUUGAUUGGUAGGGCUCAGAAACUGGCGCAUGCGCAUUCUCACUAGAAAUACUAUGUAGUGAUAUUCACAGAUAAGUAUAACAAAGGGAUAAUAAUUAUCUAUAAAAACCUAAACUGGUAUAAAAAUGACUUUGGCCAUGACGGAAGCAUUCAAAUUGGUAAUAGAGGUCGGACAAGACACAAGACGCGAAAGAAGAACACCUCUUCAAAGAAUACUUGAAGAAAAGAAGAAUGAAAACUUUACAGCUGCUGUUUUGUCUUAUACCGGUGUUAGCUACCAUCGAAGCUGCAAAGAUCUUGCUUUUUCCCAUUGCGAAUAGAAGCAAUUCUAGACUGGCGCUGAUGAAAAAGAUUGGAAAAAUGAUCGAGGAGAGGGGACACCACGUUUCCGUCCUCGUCAACGACCAUUUAGCGUCGCAUUUUGAUGGGCUUCACCAAAUAGUUUUCCCGACAUCCCCUUAUGCUAAGACCAGGGCUGAAAUGACAAAGCUGCUUUUGAAUGAAGAUCGUUCCUUCUUUCAACUCUUUAUGAAGGAACAGCUUGACAACUGUAAAAACCUGCUCGCUGCGAAUGACACGUUUGCCAAACUGAAAUGGGAACAGUUUGAUGUUGUUAUAGUGGACUUGAUGGACGCUUGUUCUCGCAUUCUCGUUGAUUAUUUGGACACUCCAUCAAUCGUUUAUUCCUUCGCAGGCUUUUCCGACAACUCUGACGUAUUUGCUCCGAUACCCGUGGCUUACGUCCCAAGUGUUUUUGGCAAAUAUACGGACGACAUGAGUUUUUUCGAACGAUUAAAGAACGCUUUCAUGCACUUCAUGAUCAAUCAGAUAGCGCAACCAAACUUCUUCAAACCUUUCGAAGAACUGAAAAAGAAGUUAAACAUCAAUACAUCAUUGUCGAUGGUAGACUCCUUCAAGCGUGCUUCACUGGUAGCUUGCAACGCCCAUUUUGCAUUGGACUACCCUAGACCGCUUAUGCCACACGUACAAACAUUCGGCGGAAUGUUUAACGAGCCUGCCCGUCGCUUAGAUUCUGACCUUGGUAGUUUCAUUGAUGACGCAACUGAUGGACUGGUCGUUGUUAGCUUUGGCAGUCUCGUGGACACUGUUGAUGCAUCUGUUGUAGGAAAGAUUGCAUCUGCCCUCGGACGGCUUCCAUACAAAGUGAUAUGGAAAUAUAGUGGUGAACUAAGCAUGUCAUCAGAUAUACCUGACAAUGUGAGAGUUAUGACAUGGAUUCCACAGAAUGAUCUACUUGGGCACAAAAACGUUAAGGUGUUCGUCACUCACGCCGGUAUCAGCAGCACGUUUGAAAGUGUUUAUCAUGGGGUCCCUGUCGUUUCGAUACCACUUUUCUGCGAUCAGCAUCACAAUGCCAACAAACUUGUCGAUAAAUUAAAUAUGGGCAUAAAGUUGAAUUCUAAAACGUUUACCUCAGAAGAACUUUAUAACACUAUUAUCCAGGUCAUAAAUAACCCUAUUUAUUUUAACAAUGCAAGACUUGGUAAGGAGCGUUUAAGCGACCACGUAGCGUCGCCAAAGGCUGAGUUCCUUCACCGUGUAGACUCGCUCGCACGUAGUGGGAACGUUAAGUACCUUCGUUCCAAGUCAUCUGAUUACAUGUCAAACAUAAGAUAUUUUUUGAUAGAUAUCUUGGCAUUUGUCUGUUGUGCACUUUUACUUUUAAGUAUCUUAUGCUUUUUGUCAUUGAAAUGGUUACUUAGUGCAUUUAUCACCAAAUUAUCAUUUCAUUUGAAAAACUCCCCAGAUACUAAUACAGAAGAUAUAAACUAACAGAGGCCAGUCACUCAACUUAAUCAGUCUGUACUUUUACGUUUACGCUAUUGAAAUAAUGCCACAUAAUUAUCAGUUCAUCGUCCGUUGAAUAGAUCACUAUAAUUGUAUAUAAACAUAUAGAGGUAUUACUCGUUCAAUUUAAGAAUUCAAGUUUUCUUAUCUCAGGGAGUCUUUCAAAAAUGAUAUAUUGCAUUGAAAUAUACUAAUAAGUGGAUAAUGUGUAAUUAUUGUACAAUUGUAUUCAUAGAUGUAAAUAUAUUUAUAGGUGUAAAUAGAUGUAAAUUAUUUGAAAUAUAUAUUUAUUUUCUUCAA